AUGGCGGCAGGGCGCGCAAGACGAAUGAUGGCCACGGCCAGCCGAACCACCAAAUUGACACCCACUAUGCUCGAAGCUGACAAUUCAGUAGCUCGUCAUUUGCUUGAUAGCAAUUUGUGGGCCAUUACCUCUGGACCAAGGACCAAGAAGAAAAAGAAAGCAAUUGUAGAGGGCGAUAAUAAGCGCGUCAACGUGGUCAGCGAGAAACUCUGCGAUGACAUCAUCAACUACAUUAAACCGACUCUUUCCCGCCAUGAGGGCUGUGACUUGAUCGAUAUCUAUCCUGGAGCUGGUGUCUGGAGCCGCAAGCUCCAUGAUGUUCUUCGGCCGCGGUCACAUCUACUCCUCGAGCCCGAUACCGAAUUGUAUAAACCGCUCUUAGACCCACUGCUCCAGCGGCCAGGUACCAAGUUAAUGCCCAUCUCUGGCAUUGUAUGGGACCAUUUGAACAAGGUCCUAACUCCCGAGUACCUCCCUCAUCAGGUCGAACGCCGCUACGCACCGAGUGAAACACCUCAACGGAACGACACUCUGGUUGUGUCUCUCAACUUGUCCUUUUGGCCCAGGAAACGAUUCCGCAUGUUCGAUAGCUUAACGACCCUAGUGCUUCACCAGCUUAUUUCAUCCAUUCGACCGGGUGCAUUGUUCCAGAAGUACGGACUAGUCCGCAUGCUCGUAUGGAUUGUCGACAUGGAAAAGGCAUCCAUUCUCCCACGUACGGCUCAGCGGCGAAAGAAGCUGGCCGUCGAAGCUGAGCUCUCGACUGAUUGGAUAUGCGAGGUGGCCGGAGGAGAUGAGACAAUGGAGGUGACUCAGGCUCGUGGCGGUAACUGGUUUCGGCGCGAUUAUUCCAUCGACCUGGAGAGCAUGCGCCGGACUUUACAACGCAUGCACAGCCAGGGAAUUACCACUCCCCCAGGGCGCGAAUCCACGUUCCUCCGCGACUACCUUGCGUUGGGGGAUGAUAAAUUGGAGUUUGUCGCCGGCGACUCGAUUGCCAAAAUCGAGCGGCCGUUCAAAAGCGAGAUGCAAAGGCUUGAGAAGGAUUAUGAAGCUGGUCUCUUCGAUAAAGACUCGGCGGAAUUCAGACGGCUGAAGUCUCUAAUUUACCAAACCAGAUGGGCCGAAAAGCGGAGCAUCAAGAUCCACGAGUUCUUACAGGAGCGCCGUAAGAUUCUCGACGCAAUUAUCAACGCGGGCUCCAAUCAGGAACUCGUUCAACAAGCCCUCAAAUGGGCUGGGGACUGGGACAAACGCGUCUCCGCCCUCGAAAAGUCUCUUCGCGCCGAGUGCAUCCUGCACCGUGACAACAUCCACGUCUUGCAACAAGACCCUCCUGUGUUGAGUUGGGACCGCCGUUAUGUUGACCCGCUGGUUGUGCGCCCCAAUGAGUUCUUCCCCAACGUUCCCUGCGCGCUGCUCGAUAUCCAACCGAAGGCCACUGCUCCCAUCCUUCGUGAGAUAGGUCCUGGCUCGACGCGGUCUGGAGACAUGUUUGACAUGAUGUUGCAUGCGCUGAUGCAUAAUUCCGUCUCUCCUAUCUCCAAAGUGCUCGAGUUUCUGUGGCCAGGCGCGUCUGAGGGUAUUUUUCCGCACUGUGACACUCUGAAAGACCCCAAACUGGGCGGAUCGCCUCUGCCCGGCUGUGGUGAGCUAACAUCACGUACUCUGAGCGAACGACAGCUGAUUGAUAUCCUGGAGCGGUGGAUGGAGUGGCCAUUCAAGCCAACAUAUGCGCAAAUGGUCGCGAGGACAGUCGAAGGCGAAUCAAGCACUGAGAUUUCAGAAGAAGAUGAUCAUAUCUCUAUGUUCGCCCAUGCCCCACUUAUCGUUACUCAUUGA